AUGCCGUCCGGGUUGACCUCUCUCCUCAAGUCGAAGCUGUCGCUACGGCGGCGAAGCUCAACGGCGUCCGGCAACUCGACUAGUCCGUCGAAAAGCCAGCUGAUUGAGCACGAGGCGGGCGCGGCAUCAAAAGGAUCGGCUUCGAAGCAGGCGCGGCAGCAGCAGCAAAGCCUACCACAGAGUCAGUCACAAGCAGCUCGACAACGGCCCACGAGCCAGGUCGAGAGCACCAGCAGCCAAGCAACAGAUGCAACCACGACGACGACUUCAAGCUCACCCAGCUACCAGUACACACCCUCACCACCUCCACCAUCAACAAUCAAGGAUGGCACACAUGCGUUGUCAAGGCCCCGCCCCAAGUCGACACUGGGCUUGAUGUCUGUUGGAACCGGGGCUGACAGUGCCAAAUUUGCUGCGGAAGGACCAGACGGCGCUGGGGCUGUCGCUAGCGGAGCUGCCUUGGCCACUGGAAGCAGCGCUGUACCCAUUGCACGGCCCGCUGAAAACGCCAAAUUGGAAGUUAAAGCUCCAGCGCCUUUGGCACGUCUUCCAGCUGCUUCAGCGCCCCCUUUAGCACCGUCACCCCCUGCGUCCCCCGGCUCGGGCACUCGCUCAGCGCCUGCAGGUCCCUCAGCCGACUGCAGCCCCCCCACCGACGGUCAAGUUCUCCACCACCAACGCCUGGAGCUUCAAGACCGGCUGAAGCACCUCUCCCAGGAUCCUCUCUAUUACGAUCCCGCGUUGCUUCCGUCACCAUCUGCCCGCGACAAGAACAAUCCGGGCACCUCUGUCCCCGCCUCGACGCUUCACAGCAUAUUCGAAAACUUCAGCACCGAACCAAUUCGCAAGCUGCGGCCUCCCGAGAGCUCUCCUGGCGAGCACGGCGACCCAUACACUGAUCCCCGUGUCCACCCUCUACACGCCCCCAUCCGCGGCCUCUCCUCCUCAACUCCCGCAGCAACUGCAUCAUCACCGCCGCCAGCGCCAUCAACCUCGACCCGUAACCGCACCAAGCCAUCGUCCGCCGCUGUCGACUUCUCCUCGGAGUUUUUGUCUCGUUCUUCUGCCGCGCCGCGGCGAUCCAGUGGCUCCGGCCCUGCUAUCCGCCAGGUCAAGACGCCUCGCACAGCGCACUUUGCCCUUGAUCCUGCUCCCGAGUUUGGCGUUCCUUCACCGCCCACCAUGGUGAACGCGAGGAAGAUUUGGGUCAGACGUCCCGAUGCGUCGCCCACACUCGUCACUAUCUCCGAGGAUGACCUCGUCGACGAUGUUCGCGAUAUCAUUCUUCGCAAGUACGCCAACUCGCUCGGCAAGACGUUUGAUGCCCCCGACUUGCAUCUUCGCCUCUACCCUCGCGACCAGAAAGACCGCCUGCUACAACCCGAUGAGCACAUGUGCCGCACCUUGGAGAACUUCUACCCGGGGGGCCAAACGGUAGACGAUGCCAUUGUUAUUGAUAUCCCCCGCAGAACGCCCAAGGCUUCGCCACACCCACCCCAGCAUGGACAUCAUGGCCAUCAGCAGCAUCACAUCCCACAUACUACCGCCGCGGUAUACUACACCGAGGAUGGUCGGCCGCUCGAGUCUGGCGAAGGCUAUUUCCCUCCCGUCGGAGCUCUGCCCUCGCCGCACAUGCAGCUCGUCAUGCCACCCGGCGGCGGCCAGCCGCACUCAAUUGCCGUCCUAGGGACCGGCCACCUUCCCACGAUUCCGUCUCCAGGGGGACUCCGACCCCGCGGCCACCGAGAGGGGUCUGGUCGUCCCCGCCCUGGGCGGACGCACACGUCUUCCUCGACUAUGAAUGGAAGUCACGGUAGUCACAGCCACGAUCCUGCGGGCAUGCCCCCUGGUACUAUUCCCGUGCCGAUGCUUUCACCUGGUCGCGAACACAUGUACGCUUCCGGCCGCGUUGGCAUACCAUCACCCCGAGCCCUCGAAAACCGAUCCUCUAGCACGCGCCCUAAGCGACGAAAGAACAUCGACUUUGCCGGCAGCGGCAACGGUGUGGCGGCGGCGGUACCACCGAUUAGCGUACUCAUCGUCGAAGACAACCCCAUCAAUUUGAAGCUGCUCGAGGCCUUUGUCAAGCGACUCAAGGUACGCUGGCAGACAGCCAUGAACGGACGAGAAGCUGUCAAAAAGUGGCGGACCGGUGGCUUUCACUUGGUCCUCAUGGAUAUUCAGCUCCCAGUUAUGAAUGGUCUCGAGGCCACCCGCGAGAUUCGCCGACUGGAGCGAGUCAACUCGAUUGGCGUCUUUUCGUCGGUGCCCACCACACCCCAAGAGGAGCUCGCGCUCGAGCUGAACGACAAAGACCGUCUCGAUAAUCUGCAUCACUUUAAAGGGCCGGUCAUUAUUGUGGCACUCACAGCCAGUUCACUUCAAAGUGACAGACACGAAGCUCUUGCCGCCGGCUGCAAUGACUUUUUAACAAAGCCCGUCAACUUUGUCUGGCUCGAGCGCAAAGUCACAGAAUGGGGAUGCAUGCAGGCCCUCAUCGAUUACGAUGGCUGGCGCGCCUGGAAGGACUUUGCCCUUGCCGAGGAGGAAGCCAACCAAAAGCAGGCUGCUGCCAGGAGCAAGGCUAAGAAAUCUCGCUCUUCACUAGCUGCUGACAACUAA